CCUCCCCCAACAGAGCUAGUCAGAGCUUCGCUACUGCUAACUGAACUGCGGACCAGCAGAGAGGCUGUUCUUGGCUUCUUUCUAGUAGGUGGAAGUUUGUAGUGCUCCGCUAACACGGAGGCCUUUCGCUGAACAUAUUAGCGACCACUGCUACUAUAGCUAAGAUAAACUGCUCCCGUCUGAGAGUCAUUUGAAGUUACUGUUAGCUAGUUGCGUCGUUUGCCAGCUAACUAAGUUAGCUAGGCUUAUUGGUUUUCGACAUCAGUUUCAAAACAAAACCCGCAGAACCGAGAAACGGAGACCCAGCUGUCACGUUCAGACUAACUUUUUAUGAGAAAGUCUAAUGGUUUCAUAUUGCAAAAGAAAAGUUUCAAUAUCAAGCUCCAUUUUUACAUGUUUUGCAUGUGCAGGUAAUGAGUUAUCAUUGUUUCGCUGACGUUUAGGCUCAUAAUUUCAAUAAGUAUCUGCGGGUUUGGCCGUGACGCCGUGAAACAGAUAAGCUAAUCAAGCCGUUAACCUUGAGCUGUCGAGAAAAUCAGAGUCAGGCUUUCUGGAGACUUGGAAAAAUCAAUGUCCGAGAAGAGUUCAUCGUCCGGUUCAGAUGAGGAUGUGGACCCGGAAUCCGGACAGCCUGUGGAGUUUGGAGGAGUUUUAAGCAAAUGGACGAAUUAUAUACACGGCUGGCAGGACCGAUGGGUUGUGCUGAAAAACAAUACUCUAAGUUACUACAAGUCGGAGGAUGAACGGGAGUAUGGCUGCAGAGGUUCCCUGUGCCUUAGUAAGGCUGUUAUCACACCUCACGAGUUUGACGAGUGCCGUUUUGACAUCAGUGUGAAUGACAGCGUUUGGUACCUCCGAGCAGAGGAUCCCGAGCACAGACUGCAUUGGAUCGAGUCCAUAGAGCUGCAUAAGGCUGAGUCUGGAUAUGGUUCAGAAACCAGUUUGAGGCGUCAUGGUUCCAUGUUGUCUCUCACCUCAGCUGCCAGUGCCUUGUCUUCCGCAUCCACGUCCUCCUUCAAGAAGGGCCACAGGCUUCGUGAGAAGCUGGCAGAAAUGGAAACCUUCCGGGACAUUCUGUGCCGACAGGUGGACACCCUUCAGAAGUAUUUUGACUCCUGUGCAGAUGCAGUUUCCAAAGAUGAAUUUCAGAGAGACAGAGAGGAGGAUGAAGAUGAGUUUCUUACACCUACUAGACCAGAUGGUGAACACAACAACAAUGGCAGCAAAGAGAAACUGUUUUCUCCCGCCAGUCCCAAAGGUAUCAAUGGGAUAGACUUUAAAGGAGAAGCCAUCACCUUUAAGGCCACCACAGCUGGCAUCCUCUCCACUCUGUCCCACUGCAUCGAGCUGAUGGUUAAACGAGAAGACAGCUGGCAGAAAAGGCUGGACAAGGAGAUGGAGAAGAGAAGGAGGGUAGAAGAUGCCUACAAGUCUGCAAUGAACGAACUGAAGAAGAAGUCCCACUAUGGAGGCCCAGACUAUGAGGAGGGGCCAAACAGUUUGAUCAACGAGGAUGAGUUCUUCGACGCGGUGGAGGCUGAGCUAGACCGGCAAGAUAAAAUAGAAGAACAGAGCCACUCUGAGAAAGUCAGGACGCCACGGCCGACUCCGGUUUCUCCUGCUGAUGUCUUUUCUGCCAUCGGUACUCACCGAUUUGCCAACAAGCCUGGUAGCUAUUCCUCAUCCGUAUCCUCAGUUGAGCUAUUCAACGCCUCUGAUGACGUUCACAGAUUCAGCUUUCAGGUGGAGGAGAUGGUGCAGAAUCAUAUGACUUAUUCUCUUCAGGACGUGGGUGGAGAUGCCAACUGGCAGCUGGUAAUAGAAGAAGGGGAGAUGAAGGUUUACAGGAGGGAAGUGGAGGAGAACGGCAUCGUCCUGGAUCCUCUCAAAGCCACUCACGCCGUCAAAGGCGUAACGGGACACGAGGUCUGCCACUACUUUUGGGACACAGCGGUCAGGAAUGAUUGGGAAACCACCAUUGAAAACUUCAACGUUGUGGAAACACUUUCCGAUAAUGCCAUCAUUGUUUACCAAACGCACAAGAGAGUGUGGCCUGCUUCUCAGAGGGACGUUCUCUAUCUGUCAGCCAUCAGGAAGAUUCUGGCAACAAACGAAAACGAUCCCGACACAUGGCUAGUGUGCAAUUUCUCUGUCGACCAUGACGGUGCUCCACCCACAAACCGGUGUGUCCGUGCCAAAAUCAAUGUGGCCAUGAUCUGCCAAACUCUGGUCAGCCCACCAGAGGGCGAUAAAGAGAUAAGCAGAGACAACAUCCUCUGUAAGAUCACAUAUGUUGCCAAUGUAAACCCUGGAGGCUGGGCUCCAGCUUCAGUCCUGAGAGCCGUAGCCAAGCGAGAGUAUCCCAAGUUCCUCAAACGCUUCACCUCCUACGUUCAGGAAAAAACAGCUGGGAACCCCAUUCUCUUCUGAACACUAAGAGUUUUAUUUCUCCUAAUCCUGUCAGGCUUGUCCAUCAUAGAUAUGAUGCUCUUCAAUCAACAAACUGUCAGAAAGCACAAGGCUCCCCUUCUUUUUAUUUAAACAACAACUCCUAGCAGGACUGCAUAUGAUCAGGACGUCCCGCAGGAAGAUGAGGGCACUAACACCAAUCCCUCAUCCUACUGGCUGCUGCGGUCUGGUGGCCAUGAAAGUGCAUUUAAACUCAGUUCAAGAGUUUUUGAAAGAUUAUCAAUUAGUUGUGCUUUUCUUUCUUCUUUUUUUGUAAAUUGUUUUGUACAUUUCUUAUGAUUCCCUCUAUCUGGACGUUUUUUUGGGUGUGCUAUAAUCACUAGUAUUACAGCUGCUUGUUCUGCUGCUGCUGCUAAAGGAAAGCACCACGGCAGAGGAGUGUGGCUGCUCCCAGGAGCAGCUGCCCCCCUGUUCUUGCCUUGUCCUGUCCUUCUUUUGACAACUCUUUAUUGUUCGAUGGGGGGUCAGAGCCUACAGCUUUGAAAUCUUUAUAUUUCUAAAUUGUUAUAAACUAGUUUUCAGAGAGCACAUAGACACAAUGUAUUGUACAGAGAGUAACUUUUCAGUUAGUUUACCAACAUGACAAAUGUGAAUUGACUGUUAAACGCUUGAAUCUGAUGACAGUAAUGAGCAAAGGUGAUGGGAGAGUGAGAGAUUUUGAUUAACUUUUCUUGGACCAUUUAAAAAAAAAAAAAAAAGCUAAACUGAUAAAGUGGAAGACUGGUCUGAGGAGGCUAAGUUAUGAUCAGCAUGUCUCUCUUUAACCUUCAGCUCAGUGUUUCAGUCAGACAUUUGCAAAUAAUUGCAUCUGAUGGAAGGAUUCCUCUCUUUAAUUGAGAGAGGAUAAGAUCCACUUAGUACGUCGUUUUUUUAAAUAAUUUGCAAGAGAGAAAAUAAAUAGCCAUUUGUAUACGUCAGGUUUAAAAAUGGGAUCUGCCUUUGUCCAACCGAAGGGAAACUGUUAGGUGUAAGGAAGUAUAUCAAUCAUACCUUUCGCUUUCAGUUGUGCAAAAUUUACAUUUCACACUACGGUGCAGCGGCAUCCAGUCGUUUGACUGAUAAAUUAACCUCCCCCCCCAAAGAAUGCCUUAGACACCAGGGUGAACCUUAAAACAUUCAAGAUUUCUCUACUUUACAGCCACCAGACGUGCAUUUAUCAACACUGCAUUGAAGCUGGGGGGAGUGGUGGGUCCACAUUUCACGUCAUCGUACCUCAUGACUUUUUAGAUUGUGUUUUAACGCCACCGAGCGUUGGGAGUUUUGCCAUUGGCUGAUCUGCAUGGUUUGGAAAACUUACCUGCAGAUUUAAUGAUCUCAGAGGUUUGGAAGGUUCCUGAUUAUCGUUCUGCUAAUAGUUUAGAUUGUCACAUCAUCUGAAGAAUGCAGUUAGGGUUUUUAAUUGUAUUUUGUCAGCAAUCUACAGACUUUGUAUAUUUCUAAGUUGUACAUCCGAAGUGUUAUUAUUUGCACUAAAUGUAUUUGCAUUUGACAAUGUUCUGUAAAGUAAAAUUAUUACACAAACGACCUGAAUAAAAGUGUACUGUUUAUGCAAA